AUUCUAGCAGAAGACCGGGAGAAAUUUCUCAUCUUGUAAAUAAAUAAAUAUAAUAAAAACUCGAGAUGGGUCCGGAAAAUUUCACCGUUUAUGUAUUUGUGAUGAUAUUGGCCCUGUUCCAGACCCAGAUCGAGUCCCUCCGUUUCGAUGUGGUAUCAGGUCACACCAAAUGCAUAGCGGAGGAUAUAAAGAGCAGCGUCAUGUCCGUCGGCAAGUAUUACAUUGUCAACCCCGACGAUGCCCUCCCUUUGCCUGACUCUCAUAAACUCACCGUUCGGGUGACAUCUCCACAUGGAAAUAACUAUCACUAUGGAAACCAAGUGACAGAAGGCAACUUUGCAUAUCACACGGCGGAAGCUGGGGAUUACAUGGCUUGUUUCUUUGCCGUUGACCACCUGCCCUCUGCUACAUUGACCGUUGACUUUGAUUGGAAAUCAGGCGUCUCCACCAAGGAUUGGACUAGUCUUGCUAAGAAAGGCUCCAUUGAAGCAAUGGAAUUGGAGUUGAAGAGAAUGUAUGAAACUGUCAACUCCAUCCACAGCGAGAUGUUUUAUCUACGUGAAAGAGAAGAAGAAAUGCAGGAGCUUAACCGAACAACCGACUCCCAGAUGGGGUGGCUGAGCGCUGUCUCACUAUUGAUAUGCCUCUCUGUGUCUGGAAUCCAAAUGUGGUACUUGAAAA